AGGAAUGUGUGCUCUCUGUAAAAUUAUUACUGGGGCUGACAGGGGGUGGAGGUUUCCUUUGGGGUGUCGAAGCGGGUCCCAUGAAUUGAGGAUGGCGCUGUGUACAGUGUGAGCGAGUUAGCAGCCAAAGUUACAUGGCGCAGGCAGGAAAGUUUGCAGGAGAGGCGGACAGUGAUUCCAAGUUGUUCUUCUGUCAUACCCACGGAUGCCGAGUGCAAUAAUGUGGACUACAGUCUUCAGAUAACAAGGACUACUGGGAUGUUUUAUGGAUGUUUUGCUUGAAAAAUAACAGUUAACGGUUUUUUUGCCGCACGCUGUCGUUUCAAUGGACUAUCAUCUAUCUUAUCACUCAGUGAGUAACUUGAACAGAAAUUGACUGCAUGGUUUCUCUGACUUGGGCGCAAGUGUGCAUCACGAAUAUGAGUGUGUUGUUGACGUUAUGCCAUGUAGCUUAGCCUUACAUGUUGUGAAACAAUGAACUCCCCCCGUGACCAGGAAUUGGCACCCUUAUCUCGGAAACACCGACUCAUGGCUGCAGCUAUGCCCGGUGAAGACAGCACAUUGCCCGGUAACAUUUCCAGGACUGAUCGGAAUGGAUUGGGGGGACUUGUUCACUGUUUUAUAUGUGGAAGCGGAGUUACACCGGGGAAGGAAUUAAGGUUACAAGUGGCAUAUCAAAAAGAGAGGAUCCCCUUUUUCCCGUUUCUCCAAAAUCAGGAGCCAGCCCCGGGUGCGUGUGAAGUGAGCCCAGAUGGUCAUGUACUGGUGUGCGCUGUAUGUCACUGCUUUCUAACGGAGCAGUGGAACUCUUUCGAGCGGAGCAGGACACCCAUUGAGAAGCGCAUGUACUGGCUGAAACGUCCGUACCAGUGCGACUCUCGUCGGGUCCCACAGGAGUGGAACAUCUCCUAUGAUCUGGAGAGGAGGAUCAGUGUCAGUAGCCAAAACUACGACGGGGGCGCAGAGUCUGAUUUCUCUUCUUUUUCAGAAAACGAGAACAUUUCAGAUCAGGAGAUGGAUUUUGCCUACAGAGUCGGUGUGGGCAAAGACAAGUUUGUGAGAGCAUCUGGAAAAUCGCCCAGAGACAGCAGCAGGAAGAACAAUGGCAUCGGUAUUAAAAACAGCCCAGAUACACAGCGGGCAGUGCGUUACCCGGUGGGUGUUUAUAGGGCGCAGGGAUCGCCAAAAGCGGAGAGUGCUCUGACGGCGAGGCGCGGUGCUAAAAUUAUGAACAAUGUCUGUCAAUCACCAGAAUCUUUGGCAAAAUCCCAGGAGAGAUUCCCCCGGCGAUGCUAUGACAGCUCGCUCUCUGACACACCUGUGCAAGACAACGGGGUCAUUAUGCGCAACAGGCGGUGGCUGGAGGAGGAGAAUGUCAGACAUGUGGAGUCGCAUCAGAUCCAGCGUGUAGCCGACAGCAGCUGUGCUCCUUCCAAGCAUCCAUCGCUGCUGUACCAGGGAAAAGGCGAGGAGAACUCCAGCACUUCUGCGUCUUCUGCUGGCACCGCUGCUGUCAUCUCUAAAUGUAACAUGGCUCCUCCCAGGGAGAAUAACUCUGACAACUCUGAAGAUGAGAUUAACAUUACAAGCGAUGACGACAGGGAAUCGUAUGACCGCAAAACAGACCGCACAACACAACGUAGACCUGUGGCAGAUCAGCCACACCACACUGCAAACUCCAGUCCAGAAGAGUGUGUGUGCUACAUCUGUGGCGCUGGGCUCAGACAUGAUGGGCGUUUUAAAGUCAGUGUUCAGAAACAAGAGAGGGCACAGGGUGAGCCCUUCUUUCCCUUCCUGUGGCUUCACUCCCCACCCCAUAAUGCAAUACCUAUUAGUCCAGCAGGUAUAACCUUUGUCUGUGGCAGGUGUCACACCUCUCUCUUGCAGCAGUGGCAGAGCUUUCAGCUGGCUGAUGUGCCUGUCCUUCAGCGUUUGUAUGUAGUCCCCCUCAACCAGACCACAACUGGACUUCAUUCUUCCCAGUUUCCUCAGCAGGAGGGAAAAUCCUCAGGGCCCAUGGAAUGCAUACCUGAACCUAAGGCUUCCCACGAGGCCUGCUUCCUUUGUGGACAGGAGUGUAGAGGAGACAUGAGAGUAGCAUAUGCACAGGCAGGGGUUGGCAAAUCCCGUGGCGUGAUGUACUUUCCUUUCAUUAAUAUGUUGCCUUGCCCCCCUAAUGCACAGGGAGUGAGGAACGGCCGUGUGCACUGCUGUCCACAGUGCCAUUUUAUCCUGGAGGAGAUCUGGAGUGCGUAUCGACUUAGCCUCAGUGAAGACCUCAUCACCUCUGUCAGCUCAUUCCUUGUCAGGUACCAUGCUGCCAUGUCUAUCGAUGUCUCUGGAUCAGCCCACCCUCAAACAGGGGUGGCCUCACAUCCCAGCACCUCCAUGUCAGUGUGCUACCUGUGUGGAGCUGAGCUGUGUGCAGGGGGAGAGUACCAGCUACAUGUUAACCCGCCUGGUCGCUGUGGUGAGAGGGAGCCUUUCUUUCCAUUUCUCACCGUCCAUCCUCCUGCACCUCAUGCCAAGCCAGUUGAUGCCACAGGUCUGGUGUCAGCCUGUAAGCUUUGCUACCAUGACCUGCAUGCUCAGUGGGCCCAGCACGAGAGCAAAGGUCUAGGUCAGCCCACCCCUUCUACCUCUAGCUCAUCCAGUGCCAACCCCCAACCACCCAGUUCACCCUGGGCACGCCAGUACAGCUGUGAGGUUUUUGUGUGCUUCUUCUGCAGGCAGGAGCAGCGCAGGCAAGGUAGGCUGUGCGCUGUUACUGUGGCCAGACUACCUGUGUUCUUAUAUGCACCUCGCAGCACACGAAUGCUCCUUGUGGAUGAUGGCAGGAGGUUGGUGAUUGGCUCAUGUAAGGAAUGUAAGGCAAUGGUGCAGGUGGGACAGAGCAUGCAGCAGGACAGGGCUAGGCUGGAGCCCGGAGCCUCAGAUGGGGAGAGGAAAGAACACGAAUCAACGCCGCCACAGUCUAGACAUAAGGGUAGUACUGUGAUUGAGGCUGCAGCAGGAGCCAGUACGGAAGUGGACGCAGGUUCGGGGCCCUCACAAACUACAGGUGACCACACUCCUCCUCGGCCACUGACCUUGUUGGAGGCAGAGAGAGCAGACCGUCAGCUUUCCAGCAUGAGCCAUGAGCCAAAGUCACCAUCAUUAGGAAUGAUCUCCACGGCGACCCGUACCACGGCGACGGUCAGCCCUCUUACCCCGUCACCUCUCAAUGGCUCUAUCGUAGCCAAUGGAAGCCCAGCUGCCCAGUCAACUCAUUCGGGAUUUGCUGCAGCCCUCCGUAAACUGGCAAAACAGGCAGAAGAACCGCGAGCUGCAUCUUCCAUCAGCAGUGAGUCACCACCAGUGUCUUCACCAGCCACCAAUCACAGCUCUCCAGUCAGUACACCCAAGAGGGGUCCUCUUGGUCCUGGUCCUGUCCUGGUACCCCCAGCAGGCCACACUGUGCCAAACACUCCACCUGUAGUCACCAUUGCUCCAACAAAGACCAGCAACGGCCUAUGGAGAAGCGAGGGGCGCCAGGCUGACGCAGGGCCUCAUGGGGCCAGCAGGGAACGUCUGGGCGCAGAAGGAGCCCUCUCCCAGGAAAAGGGUGGCCCCUCAGUCCCUGCACACCUCCUGGGAAACCCCUAUGCCUUUGGUCUCACUCCGGGAGCUGUCAUGCAGGAGUCACGGUUUCAACCUCUUAACCUGCCCAGACAGUUGCCUAACGCAGUGCCACCUGGUCCUGUACCAGAGGAGUAUCUCCGGGGUUUUCGGCCUUAUGCCACAGCCGAGGAUGCCCUCCGGAUGCCCUCUUUGCCCAUGGGCCUAGACCCUGCCACUGCAGCUGCCUACUACUCCCACAGCUACCUGCACCACCCUUCAACCUUCCCUUCAUACAGGAUGGAUGACCCGUUCUGCCUCUCUGCUUUGAGGUCACCUUUCUACCCACUGCCAACAGGGGGAGCUUUACCCCCUAUCCACCCCUCUGCUGUUCACAUGCAUCUACCAGGCAUCCGCUACCCUGGAGAUUUCACGCACCCUUCAUUGUCGGCAUUGCAGUCUGACAGGCUUCAGCUAGAGGAUGAGCUGCGGCAACGGGAGAGGGAACGCGAACGAGAACGCGAGCGUGAAAAAGAGAGGGAACGAGAGGCUGAGAGAGAGAAGGAACGGGAGAGAGAACGCGAAAGGGAGAGGGAACGGGAAGAGGCGGAGAGGGAGAGGCAACGAGAAAGGGAAAGGGAGAGGGAGAGGGAGCGCGAGAGAGAACGGGAGAAGGAGAGAGAAAGAGAGAAGGAACUCGAGAGGCAGAAGGAGAGGGCACUGAGGGAAAAAGAGCUGCAGGCAUCCAAGGCCAUGGAGAACCACUAUCUGGCUGAGCUCCAUGCCAUGAGAGGACAGGAGGACCGAACCAAGCCUGAAAGACUAACCCCUAAUCGGGCUGACAAAACCAAAGAGCCCGCUCUUCCAGCUCCCAAACCAGUCCCACCAGGAAUCCAUCCAUCUGUAGUCCAAUCACAUCAUGGUCUAAUCUCAGGCCACAGCAUCUACAUGGGGACUGGCGCUGCAGGAACAGGGCUUGCAGCCUCAAUGAUUGCUCAGAGGAACAACGAGGAGGAGAGGUGGAUGGCACGGCAACGCAAGCUGCGACAGGAGAAAGAAGAUCGUCAGUGCCAGGUGUCUGAAUUCCGCCAGCAGGUUCUGGAGCAGCACCUGGACUUGGGUCGGCCAGGUGACACUCCAGAUCACAGGAUGGAGUCACACAGACCAAUAGCUAAUCAUCAUGAACCAGGAAACAGGGAACUCAACCCUCUCUUAGGUGCCCCUCCACCUCUCAUCUCCCCCAAACCUCCACAGCCACCGCGUGAACAUCACCCUCCGCCUCCUACCACCCUGUGGAACCCUGCAUCUCUUAUAGACACAGCCUCAGAGUCGAGACGUAACCACGAGCCCUCAGGGAUGGGACACUAUGAGCUCAGUCGGCUGCCCCCAGGACCCUCCAGAUAUGAAGACGGAGCCCGAAGAAGAGACGGGGGUGCAAUGGAGAAAUAUCCUCCUUUGAGAGGUCCCCCAGGUCUGCCUGAGCCCAGCACAUACCUUGCUGAUUUAGAGAAAUCCGCCCAGUCAUUUUUGAGCCAGCAGAGGGCUUCCAUGUCUCUGUCCAGCCAAUAUGAACUGGAGGGAAGCCUGAAAACCAAUGCUGGAAUAAAGAGCCUCCAGGGUCACCCAGGGUAUAGUAGACAUGGACAAGCAGUGGUUUCUGGGCCAGCAAUGGGACUGGGACAGGUAGCCUCAUUCGGCAUGGUCCCAGACCCGAAGUUGAUCUAUGACGAGUUUCUUCAGCAGCACCGGAGGCCUGUCAGCAAGCUGGACCUGGAGGAGAAGAGGAGAAAGGAGGCCAGGGAGAAAGGGUACUAUUAUGAGCUGGAUGACUCAUACGAUGAGAGUGAUGAAGAAGAGGUGAGAGCCCACCUCAGGAGAGUAGCAGAGCAGCCUCCGCUGAAACUGGAUGACUCUACAGAGAAAUUGGACUUUCUGGGAGUGUUUGGCCUUACCACAGUGGGCCGACGGGAUGAGCUGGUGCAGCAGAAGAGAAGGAAGAGAAGGAGGAUGCUCAGAGAGCACAGUCCCUCCCCACCUGCCUCACAAUCAAAACGCACUCCUCCACCUCAGCUCAGCACACGUUUUACCCCUGAGGAGAUGGACCGAGCGCCAGAGUUGGAGGAUAAGAAGCGAUUCCUCACCAUGUUUAGACUGUCCCAUGUGACUGUACAGCAGAGAAAAGAUAAUGAAAGGGUAGUGGAGCUGCUACAGGCAAUUAAAGAAAAGACUGUGACCUUGGAUACCAUCAGACAUGCUCCACAUCCACUGUGUAAAAGUCCUCCAACUCAGAUAUCUAAUCCUGCAUUCUCCCAGCCUCCCUCUGAACCAGAGGAGCACCACAGUGUCAGACCACGCAGCCCCUCCUCGCAUUGCCCAACAUCCCCCAAUGGGCAUCCAAAACCCCUUGGGGACACAUUAAGACCAAAGGCACCCCCUUCUCCAGCUGUCUACCCAGACAAGGCCCGGGGGCCCAGUGAGGGACCGAUCUCAAAGAGGAGCUCCAGCCUGCUUAACAGCUUGAGGCCCCCACUCCCCCUGCAGGCUAAAGAAGGUCAUCACAGCAUCAAUGGGCGCACACAACCCCGGGACUUCGCCCGAGAGGAAUUUGCCCAGCAGUUCCACGAAUCUGUGCUACAGUCCACUCUACAGAAACAUAAAGGUGGAGCCGCAGGGGUGUCAGAGUCAUCCCACCUCCAGGAGUCCUCUGUUCACUACAACAUUCCCGAGCUUCAGGGCCCUCCUGGCCGACCACCACAGCCACAUUCACAGUCCCGCUCAACUCCACAGUCAUUUCCACAUCCACUUUUGCACUCUCACCCUCAGCCCAACGGGCAGCACCUCUCAAUGCCUCAGCACAGGGAGGCAUCGGGGAUGAGGGAGGACGUGUCUGGUCCAGAGGAUUCUGAAGAGGAAGACGAUGAGGAGGAAGAAGAGGCUUCAGUUUUCAAGUGGCAGGGGAUUGAAUCUAUAUUUGAAGCUUAUCAGGAAUAUGUGGAAGAGCAAACUUUGGAGCGACAAGUACUGCAGAGCCAGUGUCGAAGACUAGAAGCUCAGAACUACAACCUUAGUCUAACUGCUGAGCAGCUGUCUCAUACCAUGGGGGAGCUGAUGUCCCAAAGACAGAAGCUGGCAGUGGAAAGAGAGAAGCUACAAGCAGAGAUGGAACACUUCAGGAAGUGUUUGACGCUGCCACAGACACACUGGCCAAGAGCCGGCCAUUAUAAAGGUUACCCUCCGAGGUGACCCUGACGCUGAUUUUGAUAGCCCUUGGGCCCCAGCCUCCUCCCCUUUCAGACUGACACCCAGAGUUUAUUUUUAAUGGCCUGGUCCUCAUAGCUCCAUGGAGGAUAAUACGGCUGGCUAGAUACGAUGAAUGAAUGAAUGGAGUGAAUGGAUGGAUAGAUAGAUAGGUGAGUGCACAGGAGACCGGACCAUUCAGUGAAGUACAGGCAGUCUUUGGAUUAUGGGUCAACAGGGACUGCACCACAAGCCACUAAUGUGUGCCAACGUAGCCAACUCCAAGAUCAGUGAGUGUAUGGGGCAGGAAAACCUGAAGAUCAAGACGACACCUGCUUUUCAUUCUUCAGUCCCUGCUGCGCUAUUGUUCAGUCCCUGCAUCCCUCACCGCCACAGCUACACAGACAAUCCUGCCAAUGAGGGAGCAGCUACCCCUGGAGGGGGGUGUCGUUACAAGACUUGAAAGCUCCAAAUCUCCAAAUGAAGACCUUUGGUCAUUUGGGACUGAAUUUUUUUUUCUUUUUUUCCUUUUACUUUGUGGCCACAUGAGCUUUUGAACUGGAAAUGCACUUAAUAAAAGCUGAAGAACUACCUGGUGGUACUGUGUUACAACAAAGAACUGUUCAAAUUAGGGAAGAACUUAGAAAAUGCACAUUUUUGGAAAGAAUUAAGUAAAUGUUUUAUUUCGAAAUAGAAAAUUUGAAAAUAAGAAUUUUAAAAGGUGCUUAAGCCUUGUAUUGUAUAUAAUAUGAAGACUUAAAAAGAAUUUUGUAUGUUUUUAUUACUUUAAUCAUUGUUCUUUUAAAAGAAAAAGCCUGCCAUUUUAUAUGUUUAUGCUUUUUGGGUUGAAAAAAAAAGAAAGCCUUGCUUUUAGUGUUUGUACUGCUGCUGGCUAGAACAGCUUGUUUUGCGACAUUUAGCAGAGUGAGAGGAAGCAGGAUGCACUCCUCUUAUUCUGUCCCGGCACUGCGCAGCUGAGACCCCAGCCACAGCCACUUUAUCUGGCCUCUGAGCUCAGCAAAGCUUACUUAGAGGUCCUGAGAUGUGGCUCCUGCCCUCCACUCCCCCUUCAUUCACAGCAGUGUGUCUCUGUUUUAAUGCCCAUUUCAUCAGCUCCUCCCGGUCAGCUUUACUGUUGCUGGCAUGACUAGUUAAUUAAGUACUCAUGCAGAAACCAGAUCCAAAGCCACUUUUUUUUUUACUUGAUUUUCUUGAUUAUUGUAAGACAUUUUCUUACACAGCCAGCAGAUAAAUAUUGCUUUAUCCUAUUUUUGGACCUUCACUUUACUUUGUAUGACGCUUAGCAUUGAACUCAAACACACGAUAUGACGGUUUGCGGUAUGCCUUACAAGAUCAAGCCCCUGUCAGCAGCCAUGAGACGAAAUGGUGCCAAAAUAAUCAUAAAAAUAUAGCAUAGUAAAUUAUUAGUUGCAAUUGGGUAGCCAAACAUACAAACCAGAAUGGCCAUCUUAUACCGCUGAAUAUGUUUGACAUAACAUCAUCUACUCUUUGCAUUUCUCUAUUUUUAGGACCCUCUCCACUCCCACAAAGUUGCCAAGAUGUCCUAGAAACCAGGCAGGACGCUUAACUGAGCAGCUCCUGGUACAUUUAAAAUCAGAGAGGUUUGCUUUACCUUGGAUAUCUGUUUACAACCUCCAUCUGCCCCCCAUCCUCCUAAUGAGAUUUGGCUCGUAUUACAGUGACUUUCUACCCUGUAACUCAUCUUGUCUCCACCUUAUGGUUCUAUGUGCGCUUGGGGACCUCAGACACAGUGAAAUGAGGUGUCCAGGUCAUUGUUUGACAUGUUAAGGUGUGGUGGUGGGAUGUUUGAUGUGAAUGGGUUAAGGAUUUCAGUAUUUGCAAAUAAAAACUUUAAAAAUG